CUCAGGGAUACUAGUUGGGUUCCUUAACCACUGAGCCAUGACAGGAACUCUUUUGUUACCCUUUUGCCCAUUUUUAACAUUCAUUCUAGUUUGACAGCUAUAUAAUAUAAAUUUAGCCAAGGUGCUUAUUUUUUAUUAAAAUGCCUAUCUAGGAUUUUUAAUUAAAUUAAAUAAAAAUGCCUAUCUAAAGUGUCGUCUAAAAUUAAGUCAAAGCUCUUUAUAUUUACACAUGAGUUCCUCCAGAAAUUUUGCUCCGUCUAUUCAGUCGCAGUUCCAAAAUCCACUUGAAGAGCCACUCAACCUACAGCUUAUUCAGUUUUGCUCCCUUCCGCUUGUAAUACUGAUACCUGCUGACAUGUGCCUGGGUGUAAAUCAGCACGGAAUACCCUGCAUAGUCCUCUGUUUUCAUCUGACCCCUGUUUUUCUUUGAGACAGAAUUGUCGUUAGUAAAUCUUCCCUGAUCUCCCUGGUUUAAGUUAGUUUCCUCUUCCUGUGUUUUAAAGGGCCUUGUGCUAAACAAACCCUUUAUUUUAAUUUUAGCUCUCUCUAGUCACUUGGUUGUAAGUAUUUGAAGGCAUUUCAUAUAUAUAUAUAUAUAUUUCAUAAAUAUGAAUAUAUUUAGCACUACCAGAUUUCUUUUAAUAAAAUAUAUCCCAAUAAAUGCUCAAUGAAGAAUGAAUCAAAUAAUGGGUAAAGUCAUAAACACAGGUGAUAAUUCCACGUAAUGAGCAGAGAGCAGUACACGGAGGAGCGUGCAUGGGCACAUUGUUUGGUUCUGCCGUAUUGACAUUCACCCUAAUUGCUCCAUGGUCCUGUCUCCCCCUCAGACUGACGUGCGUCCAUCCACACAAUGGCUGUCUGCAAUAGCUCUACCCCGUACCCCCGCUUCCUCCUGACGGGCUUCUCAGGCCUUGAAAGCAGCUAUGGCCUGCUUUCCCUGCCCAUCUUCCUGGUUUAUGCCACCUCUGUUGCAGGGAACAUGACCAUCCUAUCUGUCAUCAGAACGGAGCCGUCCCUCCACCAGCCAAUGUACUACUUUCUGUCAAUGCUGGCGCUGACCGACCUGGGCCUCUCCACUACAACCUUGCCUACCAUGGUCAGCGUUUUCUGGUUCCAUGCCAGGGAGAUCUCCUUUAAUGCGUGUCUGGUCCAGAUGUACUUCAUUCAUGUUUUCUCAAUUAUCGAGUCAGCUGUGCUGCUGGCCAUGGCCUUUGACCGCUUGGUAGCAAUCCGAGAGCCCCUGCGCUAUGCAGCCAUUCUAACCAACGCGGUAAUCUUUGGGAUCGCUUUGGCAAUGGCGGGAAGGGCCUUGGCUCUGGUCUUUCCAGCUUCCUUCCUCCUGAAGAGGCUUCAAUAUCGUCCUGUCAAUAUUCUUUCCUACCCCUUCUGCCUGCACCAGGACCUCAUAAAGACAACUGUAUCCAGCCGUCGAGUCAGCAGCAUCUACGGCCUCAUUGUGGUCAUCUGCUCCAUGGGACUUGACUCAGUGCUCCUCCUCCUCUCCUAUAUCCUCAUCCUUGGCACGGUGUUGAGGAUAGCCUCCAAGACAGAGCGGGUGAGAGCUCUCAACACCUGCGUCUCUCACACCUGUGCUGUGCUCACCUUCUACACACCGAUGAUCGGGCUCUCUCUGAUCCGUCGCUACGGGCAGAAUGUGUCCCCCCUCGUCCACGUGCUCAUGGCCAAUGUCUACUUGCUGGUGCCACCCCUCAUGAACCCUGUUGUCUACAGUGUCAAGACCAAGCAGAUUCGUGACCGAAUCCUCAAGAAAUUUAGGCAACAGAAGGUUUAGGCGAAAGAAACUCUAAGACACGACUUUCCUUCCCCUCCUUCUACGUUAAUGAGAGUAUUUCAUAUUAAUGUAGAUAUUUGAAUUUAAAUAUUUCUCAUGAUAUUUCAUUUUUAAGAUAACAGUAGUAUAAUACAAUAAUAGUAAUCUAUAGAAUAAAGGCAUGAUUUUGAUUUAUAUUAAUGCUGACAUACUAGAGAAUACGGUCACUAAAUCCAGGUUGGGCUAUUCCUAGCAGAACUACGGCUUUUCUUUUAAUAAUCAGCAGUGAUGUUUGUGAGACUAAGAGAGUCAUCACGUCAACAUUCUAGUGAAGUUACUAGUUAUACCUUGGCAGGUCCUAAAUUUGUGAAAAAUACUUGGAUUUCAAGAUGACUCCGGGACUAAUGUAGACUCGGUGGUCUAGAUAACAAUAUUUCCCCACAAAAUUGACCUUAGUACGAAAAUACUUUCAGAAAUUUUUAAAUUUUCUGUUGAAGAGAGGGAAAUAUUUAGGAAAAUAUUUCCAGCAAGAAAGAACUUCUAUUAAGGAAAUGGACUGGGGGUUUUGGAUGGAGAUGUCAUAAAAUUAGGUUCUAAUGACACUUGUAUAACUGUAAGCAUAAUAAAAUUCAUUGCACUUUAAAAAAGGAAAAUGAAAAUUGAAUGAAUCUCAGCAAACUUUUAGAAGUAUGAAACAAAGACAACGUGGGCCAAAAUAACUGAACUGAUUUGGGUAACUCUCAAAUCAUCCAGAAACCAUGCUGUUUCUGUGUCUAGGAGUCUUUCUUCUUGGAGUAGUAUCAAUACUUCUGAAACUCAGAUUUCCAUCCAUUUUCUGCAGACUUUUGAUCUGUUACUGAAAGAAAUAUGUCAAGGCUCCAAAUAUCAUCAUGGAUUUGUCUGUUUCUCCUUGUCAUUCUAUCAGUUUACCCCAGAUAUUUUAUUGCUUUCUUGUCAGGUGUACAGACAUCAAGAUUUAUUACGUCUUUUGAGAAAUCACUUUAUCAAAAUGUAAUGCCUUUAUCCUUGAUAAUUUUUCUCAUUUUCUGAAGUUAAUAUAGUUUAGCUUUCUUUUGAUUAGUGUUAGCAUGGCAUACCUCUCUCUACUUCUUUACUUUAAAAAAUAUAU